UCCCGUGCUCCCGCCUGUUCCGCCCCGUGCCGCCGCCUGGCCCAGCUCGGAGGCGCCAGGCGGGCCGGGAAGAUGACCCAGGCGGAGAAAGGCGAGACGGAGAACGGCAAGGACAAGGAGCGCGAGCGAGAGCAGCGCGGCGGCAAGCGGCCCAUCGUCCCCGCCGCCGUGCCCGAGUCCCUGCAGGAGCAAAUUCAGAGCAACUUCAUCGUGGUGAUCCACCCCGGCUCUACGACCCUGCGACUCGGGAGGGCCACGGACACGCUGCCUGUGGGCAUCCCUCACGUCAUCGCUCGGCGGCACAAGCAGCAGGGCCAGGCGGCGUACCGGGACAGCUGGCUGCUGCGGGACGGCCUCAAUAAACCUGAAAGUACAGAGCAGAGACAAAAUGGCCUAAAAAUGGUGGACCAAGCAAUAUGGUCCAAAAAGAUGUCAAAUGGUGCCAGACGUAUCCCAGUGUCACCUGACCAGGCCAGGUCAUACAACAGACAGAUGCGGCCAGCUAUUUUAGAUCACAGCUCUGGGGCCAAGUGGACAAACACCUCUAAUCAUCCUGAUUUUUUGGUAGGAGAGGAGGCACUGUAUGUUAAUCCAUUAGAUUCUUAUAAUAUACAUUGGCCAAUUAGGAGAGGGCAGCUGAAUCUACACCCAGGACCUGGCGGCUCCCUCACUGCAGUAUUAGCAGAUCUUGAAGUUAUAUGGUCACAUGCAAUACAAAAGUACCUGGAAAUACCACUGAAAGAUCUAAAGUACUACAGGUGCAUUUUACUAAUUCCAGAUAUCUACAAUAAACAACAUGUGAAAGAGCUAGUGAAUAUGAUCCUAAUGAAGAUGGGCUUCUCAGGAAUUGUGGUGCACCAGGAGUCUGUCUGUGCUACAUUUGGAAGUGGUUUAGGCAGUGCGUGUAUAGUAGACGUGGGAGAUCAGAAGACAAGUGUUUGCUGUGUGGAAGAUGGAGUUUCCCAUCGCAACACCAGGCUCUGCCUUGCAUAUGGAGGAUCUGAUGUGUCAAGGUGUUUUUACUGGCUUAUGCAACGAGCGGGGUUUCCGUACAGAGACUGUCAGUUAACUAAUAAGUUGGAUUGCCUUCUGCUUCAGCACCUAAAAGAGACAUUUUGUCACCUAGACCAGGAUAUUUCUGGGUUGCAAGAUCACGAGUUCCAAAUUCGGCAUCCAGAUUCUCCAGCUCUAUUAUACCAGUUCCGAUUAGGGGAUGAAAAGUUACAGGCUCCAAUGGCUCUAUUUUAUCCAGCAACUUUUGGAAUUGUUGGACAAAAGAUGACAAUUUUGCAACACCGAUCACAAGGGGACCCUGAGGAUCCUCAUGAUGAGCAUUAUCUGCUAGCCACACAAAGUAAGCAGGAGCAGUCUUCAAAAGCUACAGCUGAUAGAAAAUCCAUGUCAAAGCCUGGUACCUUUGAGGGAGAAAUGAAAAGCCAAGUUACAGAUAUUUCAGAGAGGAUGUACCCCCAAGAAGUUGAACUGGGAUCCUCCCAAAGUGACUGUAUGAUACCUGGAAAUGAUUCGGAGGAACCUUUAACUGCACACACGUCCAGAAAAACAGUUGUUUCUCAAUUUGAAGGCAAAGCUUUAGGCCUUGACAAAGCCAUUCUUCAUAGUAUUGAUUGCUGUGCCUCUGACGAUACAAAAAAGAAGAUGUACAGCUCCAUCUUAGUGGUGGGAGGAGGCCUUAUGUUUCAUAAAGCUCAAGAGUUCCUUCAACACCGAAUUCUCAACAAAAUGCCCCCUUCUUUUAGAAGAGUAGUUGAGAAUGUUGAAGUCAUCACAAGACCUAAGGAUAUGGAUCCCCGCUUAAUUGCAUGGAAAGGAGGUGCUGUGUUGGCCUGUCUCGACACAACUCAGGAGCUGUGGAUAUAUCAACGAGAAUGGCAGCGUUUUGGUGUCAGAAUGUUACGAGAGCGAGCUGCAUUUGUGUGGUAAAUGAUGUGUUUAUGCAGUUAAUUAAAAAUUCAGUUCCCUCAAAUGCCA